AUGUUGGGGCCGCAAUUGCCACGCGUGCGCCUCCAGCAACCAUGGUCGAAAGGUGUGGGCGUGAUAAGAUGCCUUCGGCUUCGGAACGCGUCGCGCCUGAGCUUCCCCGAGAUUGAUGCCAAAUGGCAGCAACGAUGGGCGCAGGAGCCGUUGAGUCGCGAGCCAGAACGGACAAAGAAAACAUAUGUCCUACCGAUGUUCGCAUACCCGUCCGGAUCCCUUCACAUGGGUCACCUGCGAGUGUACACCAUCUCCGAUGUGAUCGCACGAUAUCGACGCAUGCAAGGCUACAGUGUGCUGCAUCCGACGGGCUGGGAUGCAUUUGGGCUUCCUGCCGAAAAUGCAGCAAUUGAAAGAGGCCUGGAUCCCGGAGUGUGGACUGAAGAAAACAUCGCAAAAAUGAAGGCGCAGUUGAAGAGCAUGAAUACAAGCUUUGACUGGGAUGCUGAAAUAUCAACUUGUGACCCAUCUUUCUACAAGCACACCCAAAGGCUCUUUCUGAUGCUGCACAAGCGUGGGCUCGCCUACCAGGCCAAUGCACUCGUCAAUUGGGACCCAGUAGACAAGACCGUGCUUGCGAACGAACAAGUAGACAGCAAUGGCAAAUCGUGGCGGUCGGGCGCAACGGUCCAGCAGAUCAACCUGCGCCAAUGGUUCUUUGCUAUCACCGAAUUCAAGGAAGCUCUCCUCGACGACCUCGAUUUCCUCUCAACGAAUGGUCGGUGGCCAGAGCGGGUGAUAACACAACAGAGAAAUUGGCUGGGAAAGUCGUCCGGUGCACGUUUACGAAUCGAUGUACAACAUCCUGACGGCCAUGAGACCAGUCACUAUGUAUUCACCACCCGACCAGACACCAUCUAUGGAGUCAAGUAUCUAGCUGUUGCCCUGACUCACUCACUCACCAAAGCAUACCAGUCACUGUCGCCAGAGCUACAGAUCUUGAUUGAUGAGAAGGCUUCGCUGGAGGUCGGGUCCAAAGCUGGUGUACCGCUACCAUUGAAAGCUCGGAUACCCUCGGUCAGCGACGAUUUCAAUCUUUCAGUGUUUGCUGCGCCAUACGUACUGGAAGGAUACGGGGAAGGGGCUGUGAUGGGUGUGCCUGCUCAUGAUGCGAGAGACCUCGCGUUUUGGAAACAACACCGGCCUGACGAGGAGAUCCCAGUUGUUAUUCAGCCGCCCGCAUCAUUGAAUACCAAGCUGAGAGUGCAGCCAGGAGAGAUAGCCGAAGCAUACACAGACCCUGGCAUUCUGACCAGCCUCUGCGGCAAGUACGCCGACAUGGAAAGUACGGCAGCGGCUGCACAGAUCACAUCGGACCUUACGGGCUUUGGGCCGAAAGGAGCAAGACAUGCGGAGCGAUUUGAUACCUGGAGACUGAGAGACUGGCUCGUCUCACGCCAGCGAUAUUGGGGAGCGCCCAUCCCAAUAAUUCACUGCAGGUCUUGUGGGACCGUUUCAGUCCCCGAGGAAGAUCUACCCGUGCGUCUGCCGCAACUUGACGAUUCGAUGAAGGGCCAGAGGGGCAAUCCCCUCGAAAAGAUGGAUUCGUGGGUCAAUGUUUCGUGCCCCAGUUGCGGGGAUCCAGCAAAGAGGGAGACUGAUACAAUGGAUACCUUCGUCGAUUCCUCUUGGUACUACGGUCGCUUCACGGAUCCUAACAAUAAUGGUCAGCUCUUCUCCGAAGCGGCGGCAGCAUCACGUCUACCUGUCGACACCUACGUCGGCGGUGUUGAGCAUGCGAUUCUCCAUCUUCUCUAUGCUAGAUUCAUCUACAAGUUCCUGUGCAGCGAGGGUCUGAUACCAGAUCACGCUCCCGAGGCAGAGCCAUUCCAACAGCUUGUUGCACAAGGUAUGGUGCACGGCAAGACGUUUUCGGACCCAGAAUCCGGUCGUUUCUUGCGCCCGGAAGAGGUCGACCAUUCUUCUGGCACUGCAGUCGUCAAAGCGUCGGGCGAGCAAGCCAACAUCUCCUUCGAGAAGAUGUCGAAGAGCAAGUACAACGGGGUGGAUCCGUCCAUCUGCAUCACAAAAUAUGGUGCUGAUGCCACCCGAGCGCACAUCUUGUUCACAGCUCCUGUGAGCGAGGUUUUGCAGUGGGAUGAGGAGAAAAUUGUUGGUGUUCAGCGCUGGUUUGGCCGCAUUCAGCGACUCGCCUCAGACUUGAGCUCGCAGCCAAUGACCGGCAUGGACGACUACACGAUGCCUACCAGCUUCGAUCUAUCCACAUUGAGCACUUCCGACAUCAGCAUUCUUCUUACUACUCAAAGUACCGUAAUGUCUGUGACCAAGACCUUCGAUCAUGACAUUUACAGCCUCAACACGACCAUCUCAGACCUCAUCAAGCUGACCAAUCUUAUCCACGAUGCUGGAGUCGGCAGCCUCGCAGCUCAGGUGGCUCGAGUUGCCAUCUCUGCGCUGCUGCGCAUGCUUGCGCCAAUCGCGCCAGCAUUUGCCGAAGAAUGCUGGGAGAAUAUCAACAAUCUCGGCAACGCCAGCUCAAGUAGCAUAUUCCACCAUCCAUGGCCACAGCCGCCUCUCUCCGAGGAGCAGGAGGUGACUCUAAAAGCGUCCCACAAAACGAUGACUUGUGCCGUUCAGAUCAACGGCAAGCUACGUUUCACUGCGGCAAUCCCCACUGCAAGUGAGGUAGAAGCCAGGCGCAAGACAGCAAGUGAGGUGAGAGUCGCGGAAGUUGUUGACGCUGUGCUUCGGACAGACGACGGUCAAACCUGGUUGCGAGAACGGAACAACUGGGAGCAACGGAAAAGAGUGGUGCUUGUGGGUGGAGGCAAGGUGUUGAAUAUUGUAUUCUAG